GGCCAGGGCUGGGGCCGAAGCCGGGACCGGGCGGAGGCGCGAGGGUGGCCUCGGGCAAGGGAGGCCGGAGGCGGGGCCGGGCCCGGGGGGCAGGUCCCGAACCUCCGGAGCUGGGGCGGAGCAGUGCGCAAGCUGGGGCAGAGGUCGCACCUGUGAGGUGGAGGCGCACGGAAUACCCUCUUUGUUGGAGGAAUCGAGGCAUUGUGCCUUCUCCUCAGCUGGUGGGUUCUGUCAGCAUUGAGGAGACACGAAGGCUCGCGUUGGUUCCUGUUCUCCAAGUGGCUUAGGAAGGAGUACCGAAGUUUAUUAAGAGGAAGUCCGAAGAGUCAAACGGCAGUUGUUAACAAUUAUCACCUUUGAUUUCCGAGCCUUUUAAAGUUGCAACAUAACAAUAGUCACUUGUUCGGCCUCCUCUAUUCCAGUACCCUGAGCGGGCGGGGAAUGCACACAACUAUUCUCAAAAGCUAAGUAAAUUGUGUUUUGAACAUUUUUACACUAUCUUAGAGUUCUGUGGAGCUUGAAAAAUAUAAAGAUUUGGGAAAAUUACUUCGACUCCGGCUAGAGCAGUCAAAAAAUUAUAAUUACCAAAAAUGUAGGAAACUGUUUGCCUGACAAAUAGGCCCUGAACUGUAGAAGACAAAUAACUCUGUUUUGAUGUUGUUGGCUAUUGUCUAUGCAGAUAUCAGUUCUUGCAUUUUAAUUUUGUUUGUAGGUAUUAAUAUGAUAUACAGUGAAUAACGUGUCAGCAUUACUGUGUUAAGUAACUCACCACCUGAUAGAUAACACAGUGAUUUAGGUGGGCCGACUGAAGUUAUGAGUAAAUUAAAACCACCGAGUAGUCUAAAUACUUUAUUUUAGUGAUUACUUUCAGCCACAACUGAUAACGAAAUCGUUUUCUAUAAUUGUUAAGCAGUAGCAAAUCUCCACGUGGGCUUGAUUAUUGGGGAACCUAGUGCUGAAAGAACUAAAAACACCUGAGUUAAUACACAAACCAGAAAAUGUGACGCCAUAUCCCAAAUCUUAAAUGUAAGGUAAUGACUUUACAUGAGUUUGGAACUGGUCUCUAGUGGGACAUUGUGGGAGGAUGAACACAGAAGAGCUGGAGUUAUUGAGUGACUCCAAAUACAGAAACUAUGUAGCUGCAAUUGACAAAGCACUAAAGAAUUUUGAAUACUCCAGUGAAUGGGCAGAUUUGAUAUCAGCACUUGGAAAACUUAAUAAGGUUUUACAAAAUAAUGCAAAGUACCAGGUAGUACCCAAAAAGCUGACCAUAGGCAAACGCCUAGCUCAGUGUCUACAUCCAGCAUUACCAGGUGGAGUUCAUCGGAAGGCACUUGAAACAUAUGAAAUUAUCUUCAAAAUAAUUGGACCUAAGCGACUUGCCAAAGACCUUUUUUUAUAUAGUUCUGGAUUAUUUCCUCUUCUUGCAAAUGCUGCCAUGUCUGUGAAACCAACAUUGCUCAGUUUGUAUGAGAUAUAUUAUCUGCCUUUGGGUAAAACACUGAAACCUGGUCUACAGGGAUUGCUUACUGGUAUUCUUCCUGGCUUAGAAGAAGGAUCAGAGUACUAUGAGAGAACAAAUACGUUGUUGGAAAAGGUUGCUGCUGCUGUGGACCAGUCGGCAUUCUACAGUGCCCUGUGGGGUAGCCUUCUCACCAGUCCUGCUGUGCGUUUACCUGGAAUCACAUAUGUUCUUGCCCAUUUAAACAGGAAGCUUUCUAUGGAAGAUCAACUUUAUAUCAUUGGCAGUGAUAUUGAGCUAAUGGUAGAAGCAGUAAGUACUUCGGUGCAGGACUCAAGUGUCCUUGUACAGAGAAGCACACUGGACCUCAUACUCUUCUGUUUUCCAUUCCACAUGAGUCAGGCCACUCGUCCGGAUAUGAUUAGGAUCUUGUCAGCAGCCCUUCAUGUAGUACUAAGGAGGGAUAUGUCUCUGAACCGAAGACUUUAUGCAUGGCUUCUUGGACCCAGAAGCACAAGACACAGUAAUCCAGAAGAACAUGCCACUUAUUAUUUCACUACAUUUUCAAAAGAAUUAUUGGUCCAGGCAAUGGUGGGAAUCUUACAAGUGAAUGGAUAUGGAGAAGAGAGCACUCUAAUGCAGGAUCUAAAGCCUUUUCGAAUUUUAAUCAGUUUACUGGACAAACCUGAGCUAGGACCUGUAAUUCUAGAAGAUGUCCUGAUUGAAGUGUUUAGAACAUUGUAUUCUCAAUGCAAAGCAGAGUUGGAUCUUCAAACAGAACCACCCUUCAGCAAGGAUCAUGCUCAGUUAAGCAGUAAAUUAAGAGAAAAUAAGAAAACAGCAGAGCUGAUUAAAACUGCCAACCUUCUCUUUAAUUCCUUCGAACCUUAUUAUAUGUGGGAUUAUGUUGCACGUUGGUUUGAAGAAUGUUGUAGGAGGACACUGCAUGCCAGACUUCAGAUUGGGCCUGGAGACAGCAGCGACUCAUCUGAAUUACAGCUGACCAAUUUCUGCUUACUGGUGGAUUUUUUGUUGGACAUAGUUUCUUUGCCUACUAGAAGUAUGAGGGUGCUGUGUCAGGAGACUUAUAUUGAAAUCCAGACAGAACACUUGCCUCAGUUGCUGCUCAGAAUGAUUUCUGCCUUGACAAGCCAUCUCCAGACAUUGCACUUAUCUGAACUCACAGAUUCACUCAGACUCUGCUCAAAGAUCCUUAGCAAGGUUCAACCUCCACUGUUAUCUGCUAGCACUGGAGUUGUGUUACAGUUUCCAAGUGGGCAGAACAAUUCAGUCAAAGAAUGGGAAGACAAAAAGAUAUCAUCAGUUUCUCAUGAAAAUCCUACUGAAGUGUUUGAAGAUGGAGAAAAUCCACCAAGUAGUCGAUCAUCAGAAAGUGGAUUCACUGAGUUUAUACAAUAUCAAGCAGACCGAACUGAUGACAUUGACAGAGAACUGAGUGAGGGGCAGGGACCAGCUACCAUCCCAAUUGGCAGCACAUCCUCUGAGACAGAAACAGCAUCCACUGUGGGAUCUGAAGAAACCAUCGUUCAGACCCCUUCUUUAGACACUCAGGGGACAACAACCCGAAGUGGGAAGACAGCCCAAAAGACUGCAAUGCAGUGCUGCUUGGAAUAUGUCCAACAGUUUCUUACCAGACUUAUCAACCUCUACAUCAUUCAGAGUAACUCUUUUUCUCAGGUUUUGGCUACAGAGCAUCAAGGGGAUCUUGGUCAAGAACAAGGAGAGACUUCAAAAUGGGACAGAAAUUCACAAGGAGAUGUAAAAGAGAGAAACAUAAGUAAACAAAAAACUUCUAAAGAAUACCUUUCUGCCUUUCUUGCUGCCUGUCAGCUCUUCCUAGAGUGCUCAAGUUUCCCAGUUUACAUUGCUGAGGGGAACCAUACGUCAGAGUUACGUUCUGAAAAAUUGGAGACUGACUGUGAGCAUGUGCAGCCUCCACAGUGGCUCCAGACUCUGAUGAAUGCUUGCAGCCAAGCAAGUGAUUUCAGUGUUCAGAGUGUUGCUAUUUCACUAGUCAUGGACCUGGUGGGACUGACACAGUCUGUGGCCAUGGUCACUGGGGAAAACAUCAACAGUGUGGAGUCUGCACAACCCUUAAGUCCAAACCAGGGAAGAGUAGCUGUGGUUAUUAGACCACCCCUCACUCAGGGCAAUCUGAGGUACAUAGCUGAGAAGACUGAAUUUUUCAAGCAUGUAGCUUCAACACUGUGGGACCAGUUGGGAGAUGGGACACCUCAGCAUCACCAGAAGAGUGUGGAACUAUUUUAUCAAUUACAUAACUUAGUUCCUUCUUCUAGCAUCUGUGAGGAUGUUAUAAGUCACCAGUUAACCCAUAAAGAUAAGAAAAUAAGGAUGGAAGCACAUGCCAAGUUUGCAGUCCUUUGGCAUCUAACAAGAGAUCUCCACAUAAAUAAAUCAUCUUUUGCACGUUCUUUUGACAGGUCACUGUUCAUCAUGUUAGAUAGCCUUAACAGUCUUGAUGGUUCUACUAGCUCUGUGGGACAAGCCUGGCUGAACCAAGUCCUACAAAGACAUGAUAUUGCACGAGUUUUGGAACCAUUGCUAUUGCUCCUGCUUCAUCCAAAAACUCAAAGAGUUUCAGUACAGCGCGUACAAGCAGAACGUUACUGGAAUAAGGCUCCCUGUUAUCCAGGAGAAGAGAGUGACAAGCAUUUCAUGCAAAAUUUUGCCUGCAGCAAUGUGAGCCAAGUACAACUCAUCACAUUAAAAGGAAAUGGAGAAAAGCCACUUACCAUGGAUGAAAUAGAGAACUUUAGUCUCACCGUUAAUCCAUUAAGCGACAGACUUUCCCUCCUAAGUACAAGCAGUGAGACAAUUCCAAUGGUUGUGUCUGAUUUUGAUCUUCCAGACCAACAGAUAGAAAUACUUCAGAGUUCUGACUCAGGGUGUUCACAGUCCUCUGCUGGGGACAACUUGAGUUAUGAAGUUGAUUCUGAAACUGUGAAUGCCCAAGAGGAUUCCCAGAUGCCAAAGGAAGGCUCCCCAGAUGAUGAUGUUCAGCAGGUAGUGUUUGACCUGAUAUGUAAAGUUGUAAGUGGCCUUGAAGUGGAAUCUGCAUCAGUUACAUCUCAAUUAGAAAUUGAAGCUAUGCCCCCAAAGUGCAGUGGUGCAGAUCCAGGUGAAGAGAUGAUUAAAAUUGAAGAUGACUCCAAUCAACAGAGUCAGAAUGCUUUGCUAAGUAAUGAAAGUUGUCAAUUUCUGUCUGUGUCUGCAGAGGGAGGCCAUGAGUGUGUGGCAAAUGGAAUCUCCAGGAAUAGCUCCUCACCUUGUAUUUCAGGAACCGCACACACUCUUCAUGAUGGUUCUGUUGCUUCCAUAGAAACCAAAUCUAGACAGAGGAGUCACAGUAGUAUUCAAUUCAGCUUCAAAGAAAAAUUAUCAGAAAAAGUUUCAGAGAAGGAAACAAUAGUUAAGGAGUCAGGUAAACAACCAGGAGCAAAACCUAAAGUAAAACUUGCCAGAAAAAAGGAUGAUGACAAGAAAAAAUCUUCAAAUGAAAAACUCAAACAAACCAGUGUAUUCUUCAGUGAUGGUCUGGAUUUAGAGAACUGGUAUAGCUGUGGAGAGGGAGACAUUUCUGAAAUUGAGAGUGACAUGGGUUCUCCAGGAUCUCGGAAAUCUCCCAUUUUCAACAUUCAUCCCCUCUAUCAACAUGUGCUCCUGUACCUCCAGUUGUAUGAUUCAUCCAGGACUUUGUAUGCUUUCUCUGCCAUCAAAGCCAUCUUGAAAACUAACCCUAUAGCUUUUGUAAAUGCCAUUUCAACUACUAGUGUAAAUAACGCAUAUACUCCUCAGUUGUCUCUCCUUCAGAAUCUAUUGGCUAGACACCGGAUUUCUGUUAUGGGCAAAGAUUUUUAUAGUCACAUUCCAGUGGACUCAAAUCAUAAUUUCCGGAGUUCUAUGUACAUAGAAAUUCUUAUUUCCCUCUGCUUAUAUUACAUGCGUAGCCAUUACCCAACUCAUGUCAAGGUUACUCCACAAGAUCUGAUAGGCAAUCGAAACAUGCAGAUGAUGAGCAUAGAAAUUCUGACACUACUCUUUACUGAACUGGCAAAAGUAAUAGAAAGUUCAGCAAAGGGUUUCCCUAGUUUUAUUUCUGAUAUGUUAUCUAAGUGCAAAGUUCAGAAAGUGAUUCUUCAUUGUUUGCUGUCAUCUAUCUUUAGUGCUCAGAAAUGGCAUAGUGAAAAAAUGGCAGGUAAGAACAUGGUUGCUGUGGAAGAAGGUUUCUCAGAGGAUAGCCUUAUUAAUUUCUCAGAGGAUGAAAUUGAUAAUGGCAGCACGUUACAGUCACAACUUCUUAAGGUGCUUCAGAGACUGAUUGUUCUAGAACACAGAGUAAUGACUAUUCCUGAAGAGAAUGAAACAGGUUUUGAUUUUGUUGUAUCUGACUUGGAACACAUUAGUCCCCAUCAGCCCAUGACUUCUCUUCAGUAUUUGCAUGCUCAGCCAAUCACGUGUCAAGGCAUGUUCCUCUGUGCGGUAAUACGAGCUUUGCAUCAACACUGUGCAUGUAAGAUGCACCCACAAUGGAUUGGUUUAAUCACAUCUACUCUGCCUUACAUGGGAAAAGUUCUACAGAGAGUGGUUGUUUCUGUGACACUACAACUGUGCAGAAAUCUAGAUAAUCUAAUUCAGCAGUACAAAUACGAAACAGGAUUAUCUGAUAGUAGGCCUCUGUGGAUGGCAUCAAUUAUUCCACCAGAUAUGAUUCUUACUCUUUUGGAAGGGAUUACAGCCAUUAUUCAUUACUGUUUGUUGGAUCCAACUACACAAUAUCACCAACUUUUGGUCAAUGUAGACCAGAAACACUUGUUUGAAGCACGCAGUGGAAUCCUCUCAAUCCUUCAUAUGAUCAUGUCCUCUGUGACAUUGCUUUGGAGCAUACUGCAUCAAGCUGAUUCUUCAGAAAAGAUGACUAUUGCUGCAUCUGCAUCUGUUACCACUAUUAAUCUUGGAGCUACAAAGAACUUGAGACAACAGAUUCUUGAAUUGUUGGGCCCCAUUUCAAUGAAUCAUGGUGUUCAUUUUAUGGCUGCCAUUGCAUUUGUGUGGAAUGAAAGAAGACAGAAUAAAACAACCACCAGGACUAAGGUAUUUGUUGUGGCUUUUGAUAUAUGCAAACUAUAUUUAUCUUGCAGGAUCCCAGUACCCAAUUUAGUGGAUAGCUGGGCAUCACUGUUAAUACUUCUGAAAGACUCUGUACAACUGAGUCUUCCAGCUCCAGGGCAGUUUCUUAUACUUGGGGUUCUGAAUGAGUUUAUUAUGAAAAACCCUAGUCUGGAAAAUAAAAAAGACCAAAGAGACCUUCAGGAUGUAACUCACAAAAUAGUGGAUGCAAUUGGUGCAAUUGCUGGUUCUUCUCUGGAACAGACAACAUGGCUGCGACGAAAUCUUGAAGUUAAGCCUUCUCCCAAAAUAAUGGUGGAUGGAACCAAUUUGGAAUCUGAUGUUGAAGAUAUGUUAUCACCUGCAAUGGAAACCGCAAACAUAACUCCUUCUGUAUAUAGUGUCCAUGCAUUGACAUUACUCUCUGAGGUUUUGGCUCAUCUUUUGGAUAUGGUUUUCUAUAGUGAUGAAAAGGAGCGGGUUAUUCCUUUACUUGUAAAUAUUAUGCAUUAUGUUGUGCCCUACCUCAGAAAUCACAGUGCACAUAAUGCCCCUAGUUAUCGAGCUUGUGUCCAACUCCUCAGCAGUCUUAGCGGGUAUCAGUAUACACGAAGAGCUUGGAAAAAAGAAGCUUUUGACCUCUUUAUGGAUCCCAGUUUCUUUCAGAUGGAUGCCUCCUGUGUUAAUCAUUGGAGAGCAAUCAUGGACAAUCUGAUGACACAUGAUAAAACAACAUUUAGAGAUUUGAUGACUCGUGUAGCAGUGGCUCAAAGCAGUUCACUUAAUCUCUUUGCAAACCGUGAUGUGGAGCUAGAACAGAGAGCCAUGCUUCUUAAAAGAUUAGCAUUUGCUAUUUUUAGCAGUGAAAUUGACCAGUACCAGAAAUAUCUUCCAGAUAUACAAGAGAGAUUGGUUGAGAGUCUCCGUUUGCCUCAGGUGCCAACUCUCCAUUCUCAAGUGUUCCUGUUUUUUAGAGUGUUACUUUUAAGAAUGUCUCCCCAGCAUCUUACCUCACUCUGGCCUACCAUGAUUACAGAACUUGUACAGGUAUUUUUACUGAUGGAGCAGGAACUCACUGCUGAUGAAGAUAUUUCACGGACUUCAGGCCCCUCUGUAGCUGGUCUGGAGACAACAUAUACAGGAGGUAAUGGCUUCUCUACUUCAUAUAACAGCCAGCGGUGGUUAAACCUCUAUCUGUCUGCUUGCAAAUUUUUGGAUUUGGCUCUCGCAUUGCCCUCUGAAAACCUUCCUCAGUUUCAGAUGUACCGAUGGGCCUUUAUUCCAGAAGCCUCAGAUGAUUCAGGUUUGGAAGUCAGAAGGCAGGGUAUGCAUCAACGAGAAUUUAAACCUUACGUGGUACGACUAGCAAAACUUCUUCGGAAAAGGGCAAAGGACAAGGAGGAGGACUUUAAGACAGUGGUUUUGGAGGGAUUGGAGAUGGCCAAGAAUCAGAAAAAUCCAGAAGAAGACAACUCAGGAAGGACGUUGGGUUGGGAGCCAGGGCACUUGCUGCUCACCAUCUGCACCGUGCGCAGCAUGGAGCAGCUUCUGCCAUUCUUCAAUGUGCUCAGUCAAGUCUUCAACAGCAAAGUCACAAGCCGAUGUGGCGGACACUCAGGAAGUCCCAUCCUCUACUCAAAUGCCUUCCCUAAUAAGGACAUGAAACUGGAGAACCACAAACCAUGUUCCAGCAAAGCCAGGCAAAAAAUAGAAGAGAUGGUAGAAAAAGAUUUUCUGGAAGGGAUGAUAAAAACUUGAGCACCACUGGUGAUUCCAUUUAGCUUACAUGUAAAUGUAAUUAUUUAAAACAAACACACUGCUCUGAGUUGUAUAGUUUUUCUUUUUUUUUUUUUUUUUUUGUAUGUAACAAAACACAUUUCAGGUUGUAUUUAAUUUAAAUAUUUGUAAAUAAGAGCAAAUGUCCGAGCGUGGCCUGAAUCAAGUUUAAAUAUUGUUGGCUCAUAUUGAUUAUGGUGCCUAAGAGAGCUAUAUAUACACAUGUAAAGUCCAUUGUUUUUAUUGUCCUGAGUUGUCUUAAACUUGCAAAAUAUACACUAUACAUUUUUU